UUUCGUCGAGUUGACCGCAUCACAGUAUGGAGAACUUAUCUGAGGAUAUUGUCGAUCUGGAUUGUGAGAUAGACAUUGUUACCUCAAAAAUGCUAUCUGAAUGGGACUGGAAGACGCAGGAAAGGGCUUUUGGGAACAGCCAUGAAUCCCUUGAAUCCACCUCACCUGAAUCAUCAUUUGAUUCGAUGUGCUCUUCUCCAGAGAUGUCAUCAAGUUCAGUUGGACAUCAGAGCUUCGGACAUUUUUCAUAUGCCUUACCAGGACACAGCCCGACCCACUGUGCAACGAUAAAACAAAAUAAACCAAAGAUGUCUACCAAGAGACGCAUGAAGGCGAGCGAGAGGGAGAAGAUGCGGAUGAGGAGCCUAGCCGAAGCAUUGCACCAGCUCCGCGACUACCUGCCUCCGGAUUACAGUAAAAGGGGCCAACCUCUGACCAAAAUCCAAACUCUCAAAUACACCAUUGAGUAUAUCAAUGAACUAUCAGACAUUCUUAAUCAAGCGUGAUGAUGUGCAUAAAAGCUGACCAUGUGUGGAAUGGUGCGUAACGUGGCCAAACCAAUUUCCAUUAGAUGUAGGCCUAGACUAUUGUAAAACUUUUUUUGUUCUGAAAACAGUUUUUGGUUUGUUAAUUGAUAAUUUAAUUUUAAUAUUCUACUUAGAUUAUUCUGCCCCUUAUCUGAUGUAAAUAACGGUUCUUUGGGCACUUGACUUUGUAAU